AUGGAGUACAAGUACGCCAAAAUGGACCACAUUUGGGGCACAUUAUAUCUGGGCGCCUAUGAGGCCACUGUUGACCGCCAAGAGCUACGCGACCGCAACAUUACCACCAUAUUGACAGUGUUGGGCAUUCAGGUGAUGCCUGAGCACCGGCACCCGGACAUCGCCUACCACUGGAUCAACGCCGAAGACAGAGAGACUCAGGAUUUGUUGACAUAUUUCCCGGAAACCUAUGCUUUAAUCGACGCCUGUAUUGACGCCAAAGAGGGUGUUUUGGUCCACUGCGGCGCCGGUAUCUCCCGGAGCACCACAAUCGUGGCCUCGUAUCUGAUGCGCAAACUUCGCUCCCCAUUCAAAGACACCAUGACUUUGAUUGAGUCCAAGAGGGGUAUCAUUCAACCCAACGAGGCUUUUAUUGAGCAACUGAUCCUUUACGAAGAGCUCGGCUAUCGGCUGGUGGCCACCGAUCGCCGUCUUCGCCAAUAUCUGCACCGAUUGUAUCUGAAGUACGAUUUUAGUCAACUGAACCAAUACUGGCAGAGACUAGAGGUGGUCGAGAAAGGAACCGAUGGCUUCAAUCUCGGGCAGCCGUAUGUCUGCAGUGAUUGCGGCCAAAAGUUGUUCAAUGAUAUACAUGUGCUCAAGAAUGACGGCUCCGCUCAGUACCGAGAUCUGGAUGUUUGCGGCCGAGUAUUCAUUGAACCCCAGCCCUGGAUGUCCGACCAGUUGGCGGUCUUUGAUGAGACGGCACAUGAGUUGGAGAUUAAGUGUACUCAUUGUCGACAAGUGGUGGCCAAAUGUGGGACAAUGGUCUCUAAUUACAAACCAUUGGUUAUGACAAUUAACUGCAAUUGUUUGCAUCAUAAGGAUGUGACGGGUCUUCAGCUAAUGAUGUUAGACAAUAGGUUUAUGUAA